GUUGGGGAGAAAUCUUCUCUCUAACAAUCAAUACGAUUGACCAUUUGCCUUAAUUUGAUACUACUGGCCUAGUGUUAUAAGCUUCAUGGCGCUCUUGAGCGAGGUAUCGUACUUCUAGAAUCCCUGAGACGGCUUCACCCUCUUUCUCUAUCAACCGGUCAGACAAAACGAACUAUGGCUUCUAGUUUCUACCCGGAGAAGUAUCUCGGAAGAGCUCUUCGCUCUGGCGAAACUAUUGAAGUUCCGAUGACACUCACUCGUCUCCGCGACGACGAGUUCAAUUCCUUAAUAGUCGCUGUAGACGGCGCAUGUCGCAAUAACGGUCAACCUGAUGCUCGAGCAGCACUGGGCGUCUUCUUCGGAGACGACAGCAGCUGGAACAAAUCCGACCGACUACCCCAUCGCGACGCUAGCUCGCAGCGCGCUGAGCUAUGCGCUGCCUUGCGAGCUCUGAAAACCAUUGGCAACCUUGUCGCUCAUGAGUGGAAACACCAUAUCACUUCCGGUCGAACUCUGGAUAGAGUCAUUGUCAAAUCGGACUCAGCUUAUCUUGUCAAUGGGAUAACGGAGUGGAUCUUCAAGUGGCUCGAUAACGGCUUCACUAAUGCGCGAUCACAACCCGUCCAGAAUCAAGACUUGUUCAAGGAGCUCUUGCAUGUGAUCAACCGUCUGGGUCGCGAGAAGAGGAUCAGGGUCCUCUUCUGGCACGUUAUGCGUGAGCAAAAUGCAGAUGCAGAUCGGUUGGCGAAUGCUGCUCUUGAUGCAUUCCAAGCCCCUGUUUGGGACUAUCGCAACCCACCUACGCAGCAGGAGGCGGAGACAUACGCGAGUGAGCGGGUCUGGCGUUGGCAUCAGCGUCUUGGACACAUACCUUUGGAGGAACUACAAGAAACCUUGAGUGUAACGAGGGGCAUUGAUGUUACACACGAACAGAUUCAAACCGAAAUCGAUAAAGGGGUUCGGUGCCAGAGGUGUAGGAGCCUUGAGAGAUUAUCUGGUUCAUAUGUGUUUUAGAGCUCGGUGUGAGAGGAAAAACAAUGAGGGUCGGAAGUGAUAAAUGCAUGCGCACUCGGGGCCACCUACGAAGUGAAUCGUUAAUUUUCUUUGUAGAAACACCGGGCACCGUUCUUGUUUGAGUGCAUGGUCACAAUGUCUUAGAGUUACAGCUAUGAGGCGAGGCGGAUUCAGUUCAUAAUCC